AUGGAUAUAUUAAAACUACUUUUAUUCUGCUAUUGUGUCGUCGGGUUGGCCUACACUGCUGAUGAGAAACCGAAAUGUAUGUUUCCAGCACAGUGGCAAAGCAACGUGUUCUUUGAUUUUGGAAUGAUGAUGGUUGUACCAGGACAAGCUAAUGCCUCCGGAGUUUUCUACUAUGAUUAUACCAACAGACAGAUGAGGAUCGACUUGGGUGGUAGAGAGUAUACUAGCAAUGUCUCAUUUGAUUAUACCAUAAUAUGGAAAUUUAAUGAGUCUGCUUUCUACACCGUGGAUCACAUUAACAAAACUUGUGAUCGAGACGUUGGUAUCAGUGAUUUCUGGGAACAGUGGCAAGGACUGCCGGGUAAGAGGUGCAGUUAUUAUCUCAUUUUCUGA